AUGUCUACUACUUUCAGUGCCACUUGUGUGAAAGGUCACCGAUCAGGCAGCUGUACUCAUACCGACCGACCGCUAUUCGAGAUCAAGAAGAAAGGUCGACCGGUCACACAAUGCGAACACUGUCGGAAAUUGAGAUCGGAGAAACAAUUGCAUAUCAAAGUGAGACGCUUGCUCAUUAUCGACCCGUGCCAUUCCGUUCAGUGUGAUUGCGCAGGAUCAAGCUCUGCACCCAAGAAACCGCCACAAAAGGAACCCCCAUCCGCGGCGUUUCCGAACGGGCUUCGCGAUGUCCAUGCGAUGAACGAUGCGGCGGACGCGUUGAGUGCGAUGCAGAAUGGUUCGUCCUGUUGUGGACCGACCGACAACAAGUUGCGGAAGCUCGACGCUCUUCUCAACCCUUGCCAAUGUCAAAGUGGCGGCAAAUGCAAAUGUUGUCAGCCGGUAGCCCCUACAAGCGCCAGUUCGGAAAGCUCGGGUAACAACUCGAACAGCAACGAGGGGAGUGGAGUUUUGCCGGUUCUCGAUCAUCUGGAUGGUCUCGCCGAUCAUCUACAAAGAGAGAUGAGCGUGACGCCCAUGCAUGAUCGACGGCCGUCGUUGCAAGUCGAUCUGCCUGGACGCCAAGGUAUCACGCCAUCGUCCCAUCAUCACCCGCCUCAUUCGAGUCGACACGUUCACAAGACGGCUCUAUACUCGCCGUACAAGAACAAUCACGGUCAAAAGGGUGCCGAAUCAUCGCUGAACCGAAGGAAAUCCAUCUCGAGAACCGCCUCAGGGAGAUCGUCACCCGUAGUGCCCCACGUACAUCACGAUGUACCCGUCACUCUGCCGCGGAUCCGGGAAGCGGACUCGGAACAGGCGAUUGAUUUGACACUGCCGGCGAUCUUCCCCACGGUACAAUCAUGGGACAUGGAUGGCUGUACCUGUGGUGAAGGAUGUCUCUGCCCUGGCUGCACAACCCACCCAAACAACGACGCAAACAGGGUCAAGCCGGAGGGCGAUGAACAUACGAUGGAGGGCCUGCAUACCUGUCCUUCCACCUGCACGUCCUGUUUCGACUGCCGCAGUCACGUCAACGUUCAACCUGGUGUGCAAUCGAUACAACAUCUGAUCGAUAUCGCGGCCUCGUCCAUUCCACCUCCAGCUCAGCUAAGAACGCCUUACAGCAUGCCCUCGCCAUCUUCCGGUAUACGUAGCCCGAUCAGCGCCUUCGAGCUGGAUCCCUUACAUAUGGGCGUGCUUCCACCUACGGCACUUUGGAAUGACGAAGCAGCAACUGCUAUGGGACUGGUCAAGUUGAAGCCGCUUGAAUGCUGUAACGGACGUUGCCAAUGUCAAGCGGGAAUGUGUCAAUGCUUGGACGACUGCUGUGGAUGCUGUUCAGUCUGCCCUUGUGGUCCUGACGGCGAU